GUCGGGGUUCAGGGGAUGCCUGCGGCCACCGACGGCCGCCCAGUUUUGAUCGUUGAGGAGGAUUGCUAGUAGAGCCAUCACGUGUCACAUGGACCUCUUGGAAUGGUGCAGCUGCUGGUCCGUUCUUGUCAGGUAGUUCGUGAUUACAUGGAGCUCGUGUCACGGGGACGAACAAGUUGCUAGGGCUACUCUGUGAGCAGUGCUUGGGGGUAAUGAGAUGGUGUCCAUCAUCGUUCUUGGCAUCCCCAGCUACUUUGGAUCAGGUCUGCCUCGCCUUUGCCCAUCGUUCGCCCUGCGAGCGCAGGUAUAUAUCAGAGGCUGCGGGGAUGGCCGCCAGCGCCUUGACUGAGGCAGUGUCUUUUGAAAAGCGCAGUGCGGAGGCCAGAAAAAUCUUAACCAAAUAUCCGGACCGCAUCCCCGUGAUUUGUGAGAAGGAUGCGCGCUCCAACAUACCCGACAUUGAUAAGAAGAAGUUCCUGGUGCCUGGGACCAUGCUGUGUGCCGAAUUCAAGUACAUAGUUUACAAGCACAUCGACCAGGCAAAGGACGCGUCCUUCACUUCCGACCAGACCAUCUACCUCUUCGUGAAAGGAACCUCCCCGAAGACUGGUGCCGUGAUGGCAGAGAUUUACGACCAGUACAAAGCCGACGACGGUUUUUUGUACAUGAGCUAUAGCGCGGAAAACACGUUGGGUUGAUCUGGAUCGCCCCGCGGUGAGCCGACCUGCCUGUGGGUUUGGAGGCUGCCAGAAGGUCGCCUCAAAGCAUCCCCCGACGGGCCCCGGGCGUCACAGGGCCCGGGUCGUGGUGGACGGCGCGGCCCGUGGCGGGUUUUUGCAUGGCGCCCGCCGACAAAUGUCGCACCAGACGUCGACAGAGUGCUGUACAGUAACCAGCCCUGCGGUGCGCCACGUGGGGCAAAUUCCCUCGUUAUCACCAGGGCCAUACUCGCGGCGCCCACGAAGGGGCCAGGGCGAGGGGAGCGGACGCCUUCAGGAAAGCGCCCCGCCAUUCACCUGAGCCCUCCCCUGAGAAGCCGCCGAGGAGGGGCCGAUCCAUUCCAAGAGGCCCCUCCCUGCCUUCUCGAAAGGUUGCCGCCCCCUUCGCCCCGCGCUCUUCUGCUCGGUGCCGACCACGGCCAUCGCCGAUUGUGUUCUCUUCCGCGUCGGUCCCCCGAGAGGGGCCCCACACAAUUCGGGGACCCCCCUGGACUUGACUCGGCCAGACCGCUCUCACACUGGAGACCUCAUCGUCGAUCCGCAUCUCAGCCCGUCGCUCGCAUCAGCGCCGUCGUUCUCUCUGUAUGUCUCUGCUGACGUCCAUCGAACAAGGGGUAGGGUUCACAUAUGGCUGCCUAUUCGCAACUGGGCCUGCGUCCUGCAGCAUGGGGGAGACUUAUCGCGCGAGACG